AUGGGUCAGAUCCAGUACUCGGAGAAAUACUUCGAUGAUACUUACGAAUACAGGUGUGUAUCUCUAAUGGGUUGAUGUCGCUUAAUGAUCAACUUCUUCGACGUUUUCUCUCCGUUUUUUGGUUUGCGGCUUUUUCCAUCCUCAUGAUUUAUUUCCCUAAUUUCCUGAUGAUUUCCGCAGACAUGUCGUUCUGCCGCCUGAGGUCGCCAAACAGCUGCCCAAGAACAGGCUGCUUUCAGAGGUGGGCAUCAUAGCCUCUUUCAAAUAUCCUAGGGUUCUCCAUUCCACUAUCCUCCCUUCAUUUGAGAUUUUCCGGUUCGAAUUGUUUUAUGCUCUUGUGAUGGAUCUGUUACAGGAUCGCUCGGUCUUUAUUACUAUGUUUUGCGCGAAAGAAGAGGAUGGAGUGCUCCUGAUGGCCUCUCUGACAUACUUGAUUAUGGUUGUGGUAUUUGGGCACAGAACGAAUGGCGUGCAAUUGGUGUGCAACAGAGCAGAGGCUGGGUCCACUACGCUAUCCACCGGCCGGAGCCGCACAUCAUGCUGUUCCGGAGACCUCUCAACUACCAACAGAAUCAGGAGAACCAGGUCGCCCAACAGAUGCUGGCCAAGUGA